AUGAGGUUCUCGUUUGCCCCAGUACUCGCCAUCCUCGGCUGCUUCGCUUCUAUCCUCCCCUCCGUCACGGCCGAAAGGAUCCUCGAAUCGAAUUCUCUGAACAGCUGCCAGGAUGAGUCGGCCUUUUCCGCUAGCCUUUUCAACAUGGUCAUCACCCCGAACAACUCCAUGGUCACCUGCAGAGUGGUCGCUACUGCUACAGUUCAAGGAAACAUCAGUUUCGAUAUCCAACUGGAUGCCUACGGCCUCCGAAUCUUGAACAAAAUUCUCGACCCUUGUGAUACCGCCAACAAGUUGCCUGGCUUAUGUCCCAUGUCGCCUGGCAAAUUCGACUCGCAAUUUAAUUUUGCGCUUGGCAGCGCCUUAGACGACCUACCAGGAAUUACUUAUGGCAUUCCCGAUCUGGAUGCCAAUGUCCGUGUCUUCGUUAACUUGACCGCUACGGGAGAGAGCGUCGCUUGUGUUGAAGCGGCCUUUUCAACCGGAAAAACCGUCGAGCAAGUAGCUGUCAAAUGGGCCACGGCUGCGAUUGCGGGACUCGGCCUCAUUUCCGCCGCUCUCGUCUCUGCUCUCGGCCACAACAACAGCGCAGCGCACCUGGCUGUUAAUGCCAUGUCUCUGUUCGGCUAUUUUCAAAGUCAGGCUAUUAUUGGUCUCACGGGUGUUCACAUGCCUCCCAUCGUGCAGGCGUGGACCCAAAACUUCCAGUGGUCUAUGGGUAUCAUUGGAGUUGGGUGGAUGCAAGAUAUCUUCACUUGGUAUCAGCACUCCACCGGGGGUGAUCCCGCAACUCUCUUCAGCUCUCUCUCUAUGGUUUCAGUCCAAGUUGCGAAGCGUUCCCUCGACUACAUGCCCGAAUCCGCCACGCACAUGAUCCGCCGUGGCAUGUCGUCCAUAUCCAAAAGAUCAAACACCAAGCAGGAAAAUGGCGCUUACCUUGUGUAUGGGAUCCAGCGUGUCGCGUACCGCGCUGGGAUUGAGACCACCAACGUCUUUCUCACCGGCCUCGUUUUCUUCUACUUCUCCGUCGUCUUCACCGUCAUUAUAGUUGCUCUUUUAAAGGCCAUCUGUGAGCUAUGUGUUAGGCAGAGAUGGUUGAAGAGCGAUCGAUUCCUUGAGUUUCGAAGCGGUUGGCUCAUCACUCUCAAGGGAAUUCUCUUCCGAUUGACCCUCAUUGCCUUCCCUCAAAUCACGAUUCUUUGCUUGUGGGAGUUCACCCAGGUCGACUCGCCUGCCUUGGUCGUCCUUGCUGUGGUCUUUUUCUUCGGCAUGCUCUUUACACUUGGCUGGGCCACUUUUCAGGUGAUGCGUCUGGCGCGCGUGCACCGCAACCCGGCAUACGCUUUAUUCUCAGACUCCAAGAUACUGAACCGAUUGGGCUUCCUCUACGUUCAGUUCCGCGCCUCUGGCUACUACUUCAUUAUUCCCAUUCUCGGCUAUACCCUUAUUAAAGGAAUGUUCAUCGCAUUUGGCCAACACAAGGGCGUCGUUCAAGCUAUUGGUCUUAUCAUCAUCGAAGCCGGCGCUUUAAUCGCCUUUAGUGUUCUCCGUCCCUGGAUGGAUAAAAGCACGAAUUCAUUCAACAUUGCGAUACAAGUUCUCAACUUCCUGAACGCCAUCUUCCUGCUUAUCUUUACCAAUGUGUUUGGAGCUCCAGGCAUGGUGGCCGCAAUCACCGGGAUUGUUCUCUUCGUCGCCAAUGCCGCUUUCUCUCUGAUUCUCUUAAUUAUGGUCAUCACUUCGAACACCCUGGUAUUAUGGCGAAAGAAUCCGGAUUCUCGCUAUCGUUUCAUGGCCGACGAUCGUACAUCGUUCAUGAAGUCCCAGACUCAGCUUGAUAACAACGAACUGGAUGCCCUUGCUGCCACAGCUCGUGGCGACAAGGCCAAUGACUUGCCGCACAUGCAUUCCAAGGAAGAUAUAGAUUCGAUAGGCUCAACCUCUAUCAGCCACCAGAACAACUCCGAAGAUAGUCGCAGCACUCCGCGAAUACCUACCAAGGCCUAG